CUCUCUAGUCUCUUUUGGUGUAUAGUGGAUUAGCUUCAGGGUUAAGGUUUGAGACUCACAUUUGCUAUGGAUACAUUCAGAAUUGGGUCACCGUCUUCUCACACAAACAUGAACAACUCCUCCAAUUUAUCUGAUGAAGAGUUCAAUGUUUACUUGAAGGUCAGGAAAACUAUGAAUUUGAAGGUGAAGAGGUCACAGACAGUAAAAGAUCUAAAAUCCCAGGUACAUUGGAGGUUUGGAAUUCCUGAAAAUCUUCAGGAGAUCUUUUUCAAUGGUGAUCUGCUCAGGAAUAGCCACAGAAUUGAUGAUUAUGGUAUUCAAAGAGACUCUGUUCUUCAUCUUGUUGUUGACAAUUUUGUUGGACUCAAAAUCAAUGUCAAAAUGCCAUCAAACCCUGAGACCAUUGUCGUGGAAGCGAAACCUGAAGAAACUGUUCGACGAAUCAAAAUGGUUAUCCAUUUAAAGGAACUGAUUGAGAUGGAUCUGUAUACUCUUGUGUAUGAAGGAAAAUUGCUCGAUGAUGACACCACUCUUGAAUCACUCAACAUUAAGAAAGAAGCAACAUUUCAUGUUGUUUUCAAUCCUAGAGAUAUGAUUUCAAUUUGGAUCAAAAUCCCGAAAAGAUCAGAUAGUAUCAGAAUCGAAGCAAAGACCCUCUUCACCAUCAAUGAUGUGAAAACCAUAGUUGGGAGCAUUCUUGGUGAGUCACUGAGUGAUCAGCAUCUGAUUCAUGAAGGCAAAAAUCUUGAAGAUUUCAAGACCUUGGCUUUCUACGACAUCAAAGAAGGAUCUGAAUUCUUGAUGUUGGCUCCGAGAAUCCAGUUGUUGAUCAAGACUUGGAGUGGGAAGACAAUAACUCUGAAUGUGGAACAGUCUGACACAAUUGAAGCUGUGAAGAAGAAGAUUUUCCAGAAGCUGAGAAUGCCUCCUCAUUUUCUUGGCCUCGUGUUUUCAGGCAAAAGGCUCGAAGAUGGUCGCGAUUUGGCUAGUUACAACAUCCAACAACACUCAACUCUUCAUGCUGUUUACUCUCCAACAACAAUCCAAGUGAAGUUGAGUAGUAUACAGAAUAAUAUGCCGAUUAAUACCACCAUUCGCCAGCUGAAGAGCAUGAUCCAGAACAAGUUGAACACUCCGGUGAAGGAGGUACUCUUCGGAGAAAGGCCGAUGCGCGAUGAUCAUAACCUUGGAUUUUAUGGCAUUCUUAAUACUAAUAAUGUAACAGUUGGGGUAAUAUCUGAUUAGUUUGAUCAGUCUUGGAUGGCCUUCUGGAAAUCUCUGCAGGGUUUUGUACACUACACCUUAAAACUUCCCAACUUUUGUUCUUUUUAGAACAGUUUGUUAUCUUUCAGGUAGCUGUUUAGAGCAGCUAUAAGUUUGUGUUUUUGGUAUUCUGUUCUGUUUUUGUUGAAUAUACAGAUAAAAGUUGAAAGUCAAGUUGUUUUUGGGAUUUUCAUUACAGAAAAAAGGUUUAGUAUGUUCU